AGAAUGUCUCAAUUACCAAAACAACAGGCCGACUGGAGAUAAAGAUAAAGACCGAGAAAAGAAGAAAAAAGAAACAAUCUUAGAUCUGUCAAAGUAUCUCGACAAACCAAUCAGAGUAAAGUUCAGUGGAGGCCGCGAGGUAACCAAUGUGUUGAAAGGUUACGACCCCUUGUUGAACCUUGUACUGGACGGAACAACAGAAUACCUCAGAGAUCCUGAUGAUCCAUUCAAGCUGACAGAAGAUACUCGCCAUCUUGGACUGGUAGUGUGCCGAGGGACAUCAGGUUUGAUCUGUCCAUCAGAAGGAAUGGAGGCCAUUGCAAACCCCUUUGUCCAGCAGGAUUGAGGAAACUACAAAACUCACAAUAUAUAAACUGAAUAACAUGUGGAAUAGGGUUAACACUGUCAAUACAAAAUAUGUAAAA